GAUAGUGAGAACAUUUCUCGAUCGAAUAAUAUAGAAAAUUGAUAAGAAUUGUAUACGCAUUUACAUUCUUUUAGUUCCGAUAAAUUAAACGGAAUUAAAUAAACCAUAUCUCAUUCUAAAAUUGGAAUAAUGAAUAAAACAAAAUCGAUUCAAAUAGAUGUCGCCGAUAAUUUUCACUCUCGAAGGUCAAUCUCAUCGAAUUUGAUUGCGAAAUUUAUAUUUAAAUAGCAAACAGUUCUGAUGUAGCAAGCAAUUUCGUUGUGCUCGAGAAUAUAAGAUCGUUUUAUUAUCCGAUUCAGAUUGUGGAAUAUGGAUGCACCAGCCAAUUUCGUUCAGUGCGGUCUCAAUUUAAAUACUGGCGGUUUAAUCAUUGGAUAUUUUCAAUUAAUUACGUCGGCAUUAUUCCUUAAAUAUAUAUGUGCACCGGUUGUGAUCUGCGUCAUUUUUCUUCUGAAUAUGUUUUUGAGUUUUCCUUGGAUUUAUGGUUUACUCAGCAAUAAGUUAGGAUUCAUGUGGGUGAACAUCGUUUGGACAUCGUUCAAACUGUCGCUUGUUAUCUGUGCAUCGGUUUUCUGUGGGGUUUAUAUUGUCAUUUACAAUAUUUUCAAUGUAAUUGGUGAGUCUUUUGACAAAAAAAUGAUACACUUUGAUGAUUCGUCUCUAGAAUUGCUAAAUUAUGGAUGGAUCAUUUGUACAGCAGUUGCAGCACUGGAAUGGGGACUAUUAUCUGCCAUGAAGAUUUUAUACAAAUCGAAGGAAAACGAAACAUCUUCUGACACCGGCUCAACUAACAAGCACAUUUUUUAUACCGACAACAUCUAUAGUUUUGUAGCAAAUGAGAAAAACGACCAAACUGAAAAAUCUCACAUUGAAAAAAUAAGUUCGUAAUGUGACAAUAUAAAAUUAUCAACAAACAAGUUUUAUUCAUAAAUAAAAUAUUGUAAAAGGCAACAAAAAAAUUA